AUGAAUUUCGAUCAGUUCCUUGCUACCGUGAAGAAAUACGCAAUCAUUUUUGCCACAGGAUUUCUUGCUGGCGUAAUUGCAUACCUUAUUCAAUAUGUAAUUGAUCACAAGAGUAUUGAUUUGAAUCUUUAUAAAGAGUGUGAUCUUUACUUAAUGGGUUUAACAUGCGGAAUUUUGUACAUUAUCGAAACGCUAUGUGAAUACUGGCUCUUACAGAUCAAAUUCAUUAAGUCAAUCCAUGAUCAGCUCAGACCAGUUUUCUACUCAAUUGUUGCCAUUCUUGUUGUUGCAAUCCUCUAUGUUUUCACCAUCCCAUUCGUUCGCAUCUAUCACUUCCCCAAGGCUUACAAGGCUCUCGCUAAACAUGCUUCAAUUCCACGUAUUAUUGAUGCAUUGUGGGGAGGAUAUCAGAAAAAGUACACAAACACAGUCCCAUAUAUGAUGAUCAGAAUGCCAAUUGACUCUAUUUUCUGGAUCAUCCACUCAAAGUAUCUCAGAUCAGCUGGAAACAAGUAUGUUUCAGUUGCAGUUUAUGCCCUUUGCAUGGCUGUUUCUGCUAUUGCAGCAGGCUUAGCUGUUUAUCCAAUCGAAUCUACCCUCGCUGGCAAUAAGUUUGAUCAUUGCCUUCAUCUUGGCAUUGAAGAUGCCAUCGUUAUGAUCCCAAUAGUUGUUGUCCUCUCCCUCGUUGAUGGUGGCGAGAAGUCUGUCUCAUUCUCAUUAAGACUCUAA